GUGGGGGCUGCCUGAGCUGGGGCGACGGGAUAUCUGAUGUCACAAAAGCCGGGCCUGGAGGCAGGCAGGCUGGCGUGGGUGGCACGGAGUCCAGGGCCACGCGGGGCCAUGGGCUGCUGCCAAGACAAGGACUUUGAGGUGUCUGAUGAGCAGUCCAAGGAGGAAGAGUCUAAGGACGGCAGGGAAGAUGAGACCACAGACACACAAAGAGGGCCCAGGGAGUGUGAGAGGGGGCUUCCCGAGGGUAGGGGUGAGCUCAGAGGCCUCGUCGUCCCCUCAGGCGCCGAAGGUAUCGACUUGAACUCCCCGGACCAUCCGAAUCACAAGUCGAACGAAAGCCUUCUGAUCACCGUGCUGUGGCGGCGACUAUCCACGUUCGGUCGUCGGGGCUCCUCGCGGCCAAGCAAGAGGCAAUCAGACCAGAUUCGGAAGCAGGAGAGUCCGAUCCGAGAAGGCAACCAGGAGGAGCCGGAGAAGGGAUGACCCCAGACCUGCUCUCAGUCCGCCCCAACCUCCAGAGAAUAAAAUUUCUAACGUGUA